GAGCCUCCAUAAGUGAAUAAGAAUUUAUAUAUGGCUAUAAUACUAGGCGUUAAUGUUAUAUACAUCAAUUUCUGCUAAGGAGAUACCCAUGGCAUCCAAAGGGUGGUGGUGUCCAUCACAUUGUGAUCACACAUUUUCCUACUAUAUACAGUGUGUAUGUACAUACUGUAUGUGUCUCUCUCUUGAUUUAUUCCCUCUCCCCCUCUCUUUAUCUCUUUAUUGCCUUCUUGCCUUCUCUCUCUCCUUCCCCUCUCCCCUCCUGCACCCAGAACUUCCCUACAACGACUACUUCGAGUACUAUGGACCAGACUUCAAACUCCACAUCAGUCCCACCAACAUGACCAAUCAGAACACACCUGAAUACCUCAACAAGAUCAAAGCUCGACUGUUUGAGAACCUGAGACCCAUUCCUCAUGCUCCCAGUGUCCCCAUGCAAUCCAUCCCAGAGGACAUGAUCCAGGACCCAGAACCAACUGAGGAUGAUCCUGACGAGAGGAUUCCACAGCAUGUCCAGGACAAGAUGAUAGCCAGAGAAGAGGAUCUCUCUGACAGCGAGGACGAGGGAGACGGCCGACGCAACGAGAGUGUCGGUCACCACGACAACAAACGAUUGCGUCUGGCCGACGAGGGGGGAGACAAUAAGGCCCCUGCCGUUAACAAAAUAACUACAGGUGGAGGGAGCAUCCAGAGUCCCGUACCCCCGGAGCCAUCUCCCAUCACCCCCAGUCCUCUGGUCACACCACACAGCCAGGAGAGUAAGGCUGAGACUGCCCAGGAGAAGACUGCCAAGUCAGCCAGCCCGGGACCAGAGGCUGCAGACUCCAGUGAGGCCAAACCUGAGAAAGAAGGUCCUGCCACGAUGGGAGAGACGGUGGAAGAGGGAGACGAGGGGGAGAUGACAGGGGUGGGGGAGGAGGAGGGGGGAGGAGGGAAGGGGAAGGAAGAGAGGGAGGGGGGAGAGGGAGAGAGGGCCAAACCAAUGGAGGAAACUGGGGAGCAGGCUCAGACAAGUCCCCAGCCAGAAGGUGACUCAGCCCAGCAACAAGCCACACCCACCUCGUCAGAGGAGCCAAUGGAACACUGACACUGUGUCUCGUGCUAUGUGUUUUCAGACUCUCUCACUUCACAUAGUGUCUGACUGUGUACAACCUUAUUCUGUCUUACACCUACAUACAAAUCUGACUUUGAUGUAAUAAUCUUUGGACAACACUUACGUACUGAUUCAUGGUAGCUAAUUACAUGCUGGUUUGUUGAAGUUGCCUAUAUCCUUUCUGUGUAUUUAUUAAUUUUUCCUGAGACACGUGCGCUGCUAUUGACCCUAGGUGCGCAUGCAGCGAGGGGUACGGGACUUGGUUCGUGAGCG